ACAGGUCACAAGAAGAAGAAGAGGAAGUGCUGUACCCGCAACACCAUGUGAGCCGUCACCACCUCGGAGGCUCCUUAUAAUAAUUCACGUGUUUUAUGUCCUUUCCCUCGUGUGGAGUGUGUGGAGUGUGUGGCCGCUGCUCCUCCACCUCCUGCACACACCGGGGAGGAAGAAGAGGACGUGGAGGGAGGAGACAAGCGAGCCCCGCCAGUGCUGGUGCAGAAGUGAGGGUCUGAGGCGGUGCUGUGCUCAGCGCUCCCUGCGUCCUCGCUGCCGCUGACUUCUGCUGCAGUGGAGGCUGCAAGGCCGGGCAGCAGCCUGAGUGGCCGGGACCAGCAGGAGCAGACUGCCACUGGUGUGAGGGUCAGGGGUGAUCAGAGGAACCACCACCACCACCACCACCACCACCUUGCUGCUGGCACCUCCAGCCAUAAAGGAAAAGAAAAGUUUGAGUGCAAGAAGACUUGAGACUGAACAGGUCCACUAGACACAGCCUUGCACACACUGGUGAAGGAAACCAUGAGUGCCAAGAGUGUGGGAAAAGACUCCCUGGGAAGGGUGACCUCACCAAGUACACCCACACACACUGGAGGAAGACCUCAUGAAUGCCAUGACUGUGGCAAAAAGUUCAGGUACAAGAGUGCCCUCAAUAGACACACCCUUACACACACUGGUGAAAGACCUCAUGAAUGCCGUGAGUGUGACAAAAAGUUCAGUAGGAAGUGUGACCUCAUCAGACACACCCUUACACAUACUGGUGAAAGACCUCAUGAAUGCCAUGAGUGUGGCAAAAAGUUUAGUGAGAAGAGUAAACUCAACGUACACACCCUUACACAUACUGGUGAAAGACCUCAUGAAUGCCAUGAGUGUGGCAAACAAUUCAGUACGAAGAGUAACCUCAACACACACACCCUUACACACACUGGUGAAAGGCCUCAUGAAUGCCAUGAGUGUGGCAAAAAGUUCAGUAUGAAGCGUGACCUCAACAGACACACCCUUACACACACUGGUGAAAGACCUCAUGAAUGCCGUGAGUGUGGCAAAAAGUUCAGUACGAAGAGUACCCUCAACACACACACCCUUACACACACUGGUGAAAGACAUCAUGAAUGCCAUGAGUGUGGCAAAAAGUUCAGUGUGAAUAGCAACCUCAACAGACACACCCUUACACACACUGGUGAAAGACCUCAUGAAUGCCAUGAGUGUGGCAAAAAGUUCAGUAAUAAGAGUGACCUCAACAGACACACCCCUACACACACUGGUGAAAGACCUCAUGAAUGCCAAGAGUGUGGCAGAAGCUUUAUUACUAAGUCUGAAUUGAACAAGCACAUCUUCAGACACUCUGGCCUGAGAGAGUUCAAGUGUGAUGUUUGUAAGAAACAUUACAAGACCAAGCAGGAUAUUGCUGAACACAUGAAGAUCCACUUCACUGCUGCGUCUAACGGUGUUAACCCAAAUGUCAUAUCUAGUGUACGAGUUGAGUUACGGCAAAUAAUACGGAAGCAUGUCUGUGAUGUCGCUCCUGACCGAACAAUCUCACGCGAGGAAAGCGAGAAAAGUUAAUCGUCAACUCUCCUCGCUUUCUUGCUUAUCAGCUCGCUUUCUCGCCAUUACCUGCUCGCUGCCAGUGUGGCCACCUGCAUUGCUUAUUAUGUAUGAAAGUUUCUCGCUCUCGCUGUGUGGCCGCGGCCUUAGCCUCUGGUCUUGCUGUCAUUUCUGAAGGGGCAGAAGGAAGCUGGUGUCCGUCAGUGCCUCAAACUCAAUUUUUCCGCCUGACAACUCGACACAAUCUUCCAGACGUGUUUCCCGUUCUUCGACAACACUCGCCGCCCCUUCUUCUGCCCUUAACAGUGACUUGAAGGAUGUCCCGUGGUGCGCACCGACAAACACGGUGCUCACGAUAGACCCCAAACAGCACUUCUUGCCCAAAACAGGAAAGAAAGGGAAAGAAGACAAAGGAAGGGAAUGGGAGAAAAAAGUGAAGGAAAAAGUGCAUUCCCAUAAACUUCUUCCCCCAAAACAAGAAAGGAAAUAAGAAAAUAAAGGAAGGAAAGGAAUGGGAAAGAAAAGUAAACUCUAUUGCCCGAAAACAGGAAAGGAAGUAAGGAAAAACAUUAAGGAAAAUAAAACAGUUCUUGGGUGAUACUGUCGUGUGUGCAGAAAAUGAGAGCCAACAAACGGACUCUUGGUGACAAACAAACUAACAAACAAAAUGUGAUAUCUGAUGCCUUGACCCCUAGUGGACACACACACACACACACACACACACACACACACACACACACACACACACACACACACUAGUGCAUUCUCAGUGUGUACGUCAACAAACACAGAAGUAUGUAUGUUUCCUCAUGUGCGUCUGGACAGGUGUGUGCGUACAUACCUUUCCAGAAUUCAGGUGACCAUGUGCGUAAAAACCGUGUGUACAUAAUCACCGUGAGUUUUUGUAUGAGUUGAAAUGUGUACAUGACUGUAUGUGUGUGUGUGUGUGUGUGUGUGUGUGUGUGUGCAGCCACCUAGGUUUUCUAUACUCUGUGCUACCAUGCUGUACAGACCUGAGUUGGUGAUCAGGAAAUUAAGUCACUAUGAUGCAGUUAAAAGUUUCCUUCAUUGACCGACGCGCCACCAAGCUGGAGAGCAGUGUAACCCUACCCCCCUUGCCUCUGCCUCAUUCCCCCAGCCCUCUCUGGUGUCUGGACUUAGGGAAUGUGAUACUAUUAAUGAAUAGGUGUGUUAUUAAUCAAUAUUCAAGCACAGGCAGAGGGUGGACGGCAUGAACACCAGGAGGGAUGCUGGAGGUGGUGAGUGGAAGAUGCAAGAAAGGGAGUCCAGUACAGCUAGGGAGGCCUGGAGGCUCCUGACAUGGCCAGUCCACACCCUUCCCGAGGAUACAGUAUCAAAGUUACACACACACACACACACACACACACACACACACACUGUAAGGCCUAUACUGCAAGCUGUCCACCACACCUGCAAAUACAAGACCCCACUUUCAUCUAUACGGUAUAAGUAAAAAAAAUAAGACGGUACACAGUGGUACGCCGUACCGGUAAGAGAUAUAUACAGCCGUCUACACCCGGUACACUUUUGAAGACACAACUUUCACCCCUGGCUAUACCUACCAGGCGAUAGGAUUUGUUUGUAAACAUGAAACGCUCGUAUUGCAAAGUAGCUCAUUAUAUUUCUGCUCCUCAUACUGAUAGUCUUCUACCUCUUAAAUUCCGCCGCAA